AGAUAUCUCACUUCAUGAGUAACAACACUGGCUGACGGGUUUGUCUUCACGGAGCGAGCUUCAAUUUCAGGGACAGCGCAGGAAGCGUCAAGUCGACGCGUUUUUGGACUUUCCACAGAUCUGAUGUUUCUCCACACCUCGGCAUCGAGAACUCUAUCCUUUGGAGUUUCGAGAAACUAAACUAUGAUCUGUUGUUGUGUUGAGGAAUGUCUCCUGUAUUUUUGUGUGACACAAAAACACCCAAACGCCCACGACCUGGCCAGGAAGAGAGCGGAGCUCCUAUUUGGAUUAUGUGUUUGACCAAUGUAAACAUAAGGAAGAAAUAAAGAAGUGAGCACAUGGGAAAAGCACCAGGAAUGAAUCGCUGCUUUAUAAAGAUUUUUGCAGCUUUAAUGACAUAUUUCACGGAGACAAGCUUCAGAGUUGUGGAUGCUAAGGAGCACGAUUCCAGAUCAUCCAACAUGUCUCCAUCAGACUUUCUGGACUCUCUCAUGGGCCGCACGUCCGGGUAUGACGCACGAAUCAGACCGAAUUUUAAAGGUCCACCAGUUAAUGUUACCUGCAACAUAUUUAUCAACAGCUUUGGUUCUAUAGCUGAAACUACAAUGGAUUACAGAGUGAACAUCUUCCUACGGCAGAAGUGGAAUGACCCCCGACUAGCUUAUAGUAAAUACCCAGAUUCUUCCCUCGACCUGGACCCCUCCAUGUUGGACUCCAUAUGGAAGCCCGACCUCUUCUUUGCCAAUGAGAAAGGCGCCAAUUUUCACGAUGUAACUACGGACAACAAGCUGCUACGGAUCUUCAAAGAUGGGACGGUUCUCUAUAGUAUAAGGUUGACUCUGAUUCUGUCUUGCCCAAUGGAUCUGAAGAACUUUCCGAUGGAUGUCCAGACAUGUACAAUGCAACUGGAAAGUUUUGGCUACACCAUGAAUGACUUGGUCUUCGAGUGGCUAGAGAAUGGUGCGGUGCAGGUGUCAGAUGGGCUCACACUGCCUCAGUUCAUUAUGAGAGACGAGAAGGAGCUAGGCUACUGUACAAAACACUACAACACUGGUAAAUUCACCUGCAUUGAAGUCAAAUUUCAUCUGGAGCGACAGAUGGGAUACUACCUGAUCCAGAUGUACAUCCCUUCCCUCCUCAUUGUCAUCCUCUCAUGGGUGUCUUUUUGGAUUAACAUGGAUGCUGCUCCUGCCAGAGUGGCACUGGGCAUCACCACUGUGCUCACCAUGACCACCCAGAGCUCAGGCUCUAGAGCUUCUCUUCCAAAGGUCUCUUACGUGAAAGCCAUUGAUAUCUGGAUGGCUGUGUGUCUGCUCUUUGUAUUUGCUGCAUUGCUGGAAUAUGCUGGGGUUAAUUUUGUCUCCAGGCAACAGAAAGAGUUCCUUCGCCUGAGGCGAAGACAAAGGAGGAAUCACAAGGAUGAUGACAUGCAUGAGGGCCGCUUUAAUUUCGCUGGCUACAACACGAAUCAGUGUCUGCCAACGAAGGAUGGCUCAGCUGUUCAGAAUGCUGCUCCAGCUCCCAACCCUCCACCGACAGUCCCCAAAGACAUCGACACCAUGAAGAAGAAGUUUGUGGACCGAGCCAAGAGGAUAGACACUAUCUCUAGGGCUGCUUUUCCUCUGGCCUUCCUCAUCUUUAAUGUCUUUUACUGGGUUACCUACAAGAUCAUCAGGCAUGAGGACAUCCACAGUAAACAGUAAAGACUUCUUCCUGUGAUAAACCUUUACUUCUCAUUUCUCAGAUUGAGAAAUGCUCAGAAAGCACAGUGAGAUGAGAUGAGAUAGGAGACUGUGCAUUGAGAGGACCAUGGUGAUUAUGGAGGUGUUCUUUCAGGGAUUAUGUAUGUAUGUUUAUGCAUUAAAAGGCGAUGCUCUUGUGCAGAUUACAUGAACAGCUCUUGGGACAAAGAUGCUUUUUUUGUUGAUGUUGUACUGCUGCAUAGUGUUUCCUGACUAAAUCUGGAUAAAUGGUUUGAAGUCAACGAUAGCAACAUGCUGGAGAACACAAAACAAUGUUUUUUUAAAAUAAUUCUUCCAUGGUGUCAGUGCAACCAAGGAACAAAGGCACAUUCCAUGAAUUUGUAAGAAUAAUGUAGCUUAGUCAGAUCCCCAAAAACCUUUUGGAAUGGCUAAUAGGGUAUUUCUUAAAAAGGAUGUCUAGGACAGUUUUAUAUGUCUUGGCAAGUCCUCUCUGUUUCUUCUUCUAAGAUAUUCAGUCAGAAAGCACAUACAGAUGCAUCCUUCAGACAGUUGGCAGCAACACACGUAUAUUUCAGGCAUCAGUGUGAUAAAAAUCUGGAUUCAGGAAUUGGAUACCACAUUUUUUCUGAAAUACCGGAGGCCUUAGAUAUCAAAGCUAAGAUGAGAUGAAAUGCUGUGCUUCUCUAUUUUUGCAAGAAUCUCCUCUUGUUCAGUGGUCUCACAGAGCCGAAUGCAGUGUUUAAGCUUUUUCUACCUGUGAACAGAUACCUGAAAGAACAUGUUGUAUUAUAUAAAUCAUAUUCAUGGCCAACUGAUGUCACUUGAAAGUAAAUGUAAUUUUAUUCAGUAAGAGUUAAAAAUAUCCUUAAUCAUUUUUAAAUAAUUGAAUGAAUCCACUCCUAUGUGUGACAGGUUCAUCAAAGUAUGAAGGUUUUGAGCAGUGUGUAGGUGAGCCUACAAACCGGGGACAUGCACAGCAUUUAUCAGUGUUGUCAUUCGCCCACAUUCAUAUGAAUUCAUUUAUACUCCAGGUAAAUAUUCCAGGUAUCUUAGAUAUGGUUUUAGAAUUUGAGACUAUGUUUUGUAGUUUUAGUCGGAUUCAAUAUUUAUUGUAAUGGAGGGGAAAGUUAUGUUCAUAUAUAUAUAUAUAUAUAUAAAACAAAUGCUUUAUGUACUUCUUCAACCUUUGCUGAGGACUGUUUACCUUCACAUCGUGUUUUUCCCCAGAUUGAAACAUCAGUAAAAGACAGAUUUCACACUACUGAGCAGCUAAAGGUCCUUACACUGCUGAUGUAUUGUGGUGAAGAACUCUUUCUUGAAUGCUAUUUAAUGAAAAAAAAACUGUUACACACUGGUCUUUUCAUCAAUAAAAUUGACUGUGCACUAUAUUUUCUUUA